AAAUAGGCUGGAAAACCUCUGCUGUGGUACGGCCUGUAAGAAGACAGCUUUUUUAAGCAUUUGUGUGUCUGCUAAAUAAUUUUUGCAGUCCCAUAUUUAAAUGCUCUCUCUAAGAGCUAGAGUCUGCCCUGUGAGGAGUUCACUACAGCUGAAGUAGUGAAGGAUAUGAUCAGUUUUCAGAGGGUGCUGUGACCUAGAGGCAGGUCUGAUUACAUCAUUUGUUUUGGGUUGAGUCUCAGGAGCUUUAUAAAAAGCAGUCCUAAAAGCAAGGAGAGACACAAGGGGAGAGACGAGCAGAAGCUCUUCUUCAGCAGCACCUCUGUAUGCGUGCAUUCUGCUACUUGCCACAUACCUACAAGGGAGUUUCUUCAGACCGCAGAGGAACUUGUGAACUGUCAGAAUAUUAUAAGUCUUUCCUUGAGAUGUCAGCCAAGAGCUUCAGUGUAGUCACAGUUGCUGCUGUGCUUAUUUUCUUCCUAAAGACACCAGUCUCAAUGCAAGCUCCAUUGAAUGGGUCAAAAUGGUCUUAUAUUGGUCCUGAUGGAGAGAAGGCCUGGCCAAAGAAAUACCCAUUUUGUGGAGGAAUAUUCCAGUCACCAAUAGAUUUUCACAAAGAUAUUCUCCAGUAUGAUUCUAAUCUCUUACCUUUAGAAUUCAUAGGCUAUAAUGUGUCCUCCACUGACCAGUUUACAUUGAUCAAUAAUGGUCAUUCAGUGAAAAUGUACCUGUUGCCUACUAUGUACAUCAGAAACCUCCCGUUUGAAUAUACAGCAUCUCAACUUCACCUCCACUGGGGAAACAGAAACAAGUCAGAAGGCUCAGAGCACACAGUCAGUGGGAAGCACUUUGCAGCAGAGCUGCAUAUUGUACAUUAUAACUCUGAGAAAUAUCCAGAUGUAACAGCAGCGAUGGACAAAGCAGAUGGACUGGCAGUUUUGGCUGUUCUUUUUGAGAUUGGGCCCUUCAACCCAUCCUAUGAAAAGAUCUUCAGGCACUUCUGGAAUGUGAAAUACAAGGAUCAGAUGGUCCAAGUCCCUGGUUUCAAUAUCCGAGAACUGCUUCCUGACAGACUGGAUGAGUACUAUCGCUAUGAAGGAUCCCUGACAACUCCUCCCUGCUACCCUAGCGUUCUCUGGACAGUUUUCCGACACCCCGUUAAAAUUUCACAUGAGCAGUUACUGGCAUUGGAAACAGCCAUGUACUGCACAGAAAGUGAUGACCCAGAACCCCUGGAAAUGGUCGAUAACUUCCGGAAAGUUCAGGAAUUCCACGAAAGACUGGUGUUUAUCUCAUUCCGUGAAGGUUUUGUUGUUUCUGUUAUGGUAGCCUGCGUUCUGGGAGUGCUCAUCAUUCUUGCAGUAGCCUUCUGCCUACUGAAGAGGAAAAGCUGCAAAAAGGAAGGCAAAUGCAACAGAGGAGUCAUCUACAAACCAGGCACACACAAGGAGGAAGAAGAUAUCUCCAAACUUUGAUGCCCUACUCUGUCCCAGAAGACCCUUUUCAUUCAUAGCACUGAUUUACUUUGUGCUGUUGGAACAUCUCUCUUGUUCUUGGCUAAUGACAGGCCCCUAGAGUGUUCUAAAAAUGUACCAGCCACAAGUUUUCUGUAUCCCUUGUGCUCUUGUUUUCCAGGGAGAUAGGAUCAGUGAAUACUCCUGAGCUGAAUUCCUCACAAC